AUGAUGAAAGCCCCAGCAUUUAUCCGAAAGCGAAAAGGGUUGAACGAGAAAGAUGGAGAUGGAUACUGUAAAUGUUUACACUGGACCAAGCAAACCAAGCGCGUUCAAAUGCUUGAAAAUGAAGAUAAACUCUGCGAGUGUUUGUACGAUGGCUUGGAGAAAUGUUUUUCAAUUAAUUUUCCAUCCUUCGAACCAUUCUACUAG